AUGCAGCCAAUAAGCUCAAGGCCGACAAACGAAAGCCGUCCGUGGUCCCCUCCUGCAGCAGCAGCAGCAGCAGCAGCCGCAGCAGCUGGAGCAGCAGCGCCACCACCCCCAACGCCCCCCGAACCACUGCCCGCACCAGCACCAACACCCGCAGCAGCAGCAGCAGCAGCAGCAGCAGCAGCACCCCCACCAACAGCAGCACCAUCAUCAGCAGCAGCAGCACCAACAGCAGCACCAUCAUCAGGAGCAGCAGCGGCAGCAACAGCAUCAUCAUCAUCAGCAGCAGCAGCAGCAGCAUCAUCAACAGCAUCAUCAUCCUCAUCAUCACCAGCAGCAGCGCCCGCAGCAUCAUCAUCACCAGCAGCAGCAGCAGCAGCAGCAGCAGCAGCAGCAGCAGACCUGGGGGGGCUCGUAGAUGGCCUCGCAGACGGCGCGGAGGCCCAGGGGGUAGUGGGGGUCUUCGCGGUAGUAGCCAAACAUGAGCCCCACGCGCUGCUGCAGCAGCAGCAAAUUUUGCUGCCAAAAAGAAACGAAGCUGCGAACUUCUGCAACAUUCAUCAGCUCCAAGUGGUCCACGUGCCGGUACCCCUGGUGCUUCAGGCUCACUGGCGGCGGCAGCUGCAGCAGCAGCAGCAGCGCAGCAGCAGCAGCAGCAGCAGCAGCAGCGGAGGAAGCGGCCGUGCAGCAGCAGCGGGGGAGGCGGCCGUGGAAGGAGGCAGCGGACGGGAAGGACGUGGCGGGAGGCGCAUCUGCGGCCGCAGCAGCAAAGACACACGACACGAAGACUGCGACUACUCCGUUAAGAACCCGAGCAGCAGCAGCAGCAGCAACUGCUGCUGA